AUUUUUUUCUUUUUCUUUCUGAUUUCGAUUGAAUUUGGUUAAUAUAGACGAGUAUGGACAAGGAACUAGAUGCACUUUUAUCUAAAUACAAAGAGAGCCUUGAACAACUAUCCGAGAUAAACACAAAAGCAAAAGAAGUAGACACUUCUGAACAGGCUAUAGCCAAUCAUUUAUCUGACAAACACGACAAUGAAGACAAACUGAAUCAGAUUAUCAGUAAACUGAGGUUGGAUGUGAAUUCCUUGCUCAAUAAACGCCAAGCAGAAAUGAGUGCAUCCAAAUUAGCUGUGGAUCUGUUUAUAGACAACACAAUUUGGAAUUUAUUUUCUCGUACUGAACUACAAAACGAUCAACUCUUGUUUAACAAUGAUCAAAAGAGAAUCAGCGACAAAAAGCAUUUGCUCAAGUUAAUAACGACCUUGUUUAAAUUUGACCGAGCAUGUCAGUUGGCACAUCAAGAAGACACACAAGACGACUAUUCGUCUCAAUUGCAUCAAUGGAUGACUAAACUGAUCACCAUUUAUCUCCGUCUAUGUUCAAUCCACGAAAAGAAAAAAGUAUUACAACUCCUAAAGACUACUUGCCAUAUUUCUUCCUGGGCUAUUCCACUCAUUCAGUUCAGUGUGCAUGAUGUAACUGAUACGGAUAAUUAUAAGGAUAUAUUGGACAUUGUCUUCCUAAAUAAACAAGAGAAUGAAGAGUCGAAUUGGACAGAAGAUGAUUUUGUGGGAGUAUUGGAUCAGCUGGCAAUCGAUUAUAAUUACAGUAAAAUACUCGACUCCAUUGGACCAGAUGAUGACCCCUUCAUGUUGUUUCAAUACAGUCAAAACAUGACUGACUCACUGAUGAAUGCUAUAUGCCGGUUUACAGCCAUGAAGAGUCUUGUCAAGCGACUUUCUCAGACAGUCAUUCAGAUGGCCUUGUUGUUGGUAGAUGCAGUUCAUGAUAAAGGCUGGACAUGUCAAGACAAGAUCGACUCUUUUUUGUGUCAAAUGGUAUAUCGUUUUCAUGAUCUAAAGAAAGACGGUUGGUUCUUUUUGCCCAAUAUGCCUUACAAAGCGCUUUCUAUUGAUGCACUAUGGCAAGUCACCACCUAUCUACUACAGAACAAAGAUAAAACACAACCCACCUCACUUGAAUCUGUCUUGAAUGAACAAUUACCCAACUUGGCUCGAUUUCAAUAUGAAUUGCAUGAUAAUCAAAACCAGGGAUUUUUUAUGCUAAGCUGUCUAACUAAUAUUGUUACCUGCAUACCCCCAGGCGUAGAUGAAGUCAAUACCAUCAAUGAUCCCGAAAGUGUCCUUUCAGCCCAUAUUAUAACCAUUUUAUCUUUUACGCUCUUUCAUGUUGCUUUUAUUGACAAGACAUUAAGGGAAAUAUUCUAUCGAGAUGUACGCGAUAAUUUAUGUGUAAUCUGUCGACACCAUCCUUUUGUGAUUUCCCUUGUGUUUCGCUGGACUGUACAGCAUAUGGCUGUCAUGGAAAGAAUGGCACUCUAUCUCUUUCAUUCUAUCAAACUGGAUCAAUGGGUUAUCCUAAAGGACGAUUUGACAUUAUUACAUCAACUAUUGACUUUUACAUCUUCCAGUUCACAAUUGACAACACAACAGAUAGCUCAGAUUCAACUUGCAAAAUACAUCAUUGAGCAAUUGAAUUAUGGCUACAGACAUGGUAUCGACACACAACUAUCCAAAUCACAACCUUGGCAUCCGCGUCAAAUGCCAUUCUUACCUUACCAAACCCACGAAGAAAUCGCAUUCAUCUUAUUAGAUGCCUGCCAAAAAUUCCAACCGAUACCUGAUAAUCUUGAAAACAAAAGUGGUGCUAUGGACAUGGUCUCUUCUUAUCUACCUAUUGCCGAUCAGUUACUCAAAUCAGCUUAUGCUCCUACAACAAUACAAAACUCAAAAGAUAUCAGUAGUAUGGCCAAUGACUUUAUCCAAUGGGCUUGGUCUGUUGCCAUUCGUCUCAAACUGUAUGAUUGCCCUAUUUCACCUCGAGCAACAAAUAUUGACACCUCCAUCACAUUGCCCUUUUUGAAAGCAGUACUCAACAGCUUUAAUCACGUGUCUUCAUCCCAUAGUGCCUUGAUUGUCUAUGUUUCCUUUUUACUGUCUGUGUCCAGCCGUCAUUUUCUAAGAUUUGAAUCCAACGAUGGCUGGAUGAAGUUGUUAACGAUUCUUAAGCGAGGCAAACCAGAAGCCGUCAUUCAGAUCUUUAGUGAAAUCAUCCCUUCUUUUGUGUACAUGCAUGGUGAUGAUUUCUUUAAUGAUGAAAGUCUACCUGACUUUUUCAAACAUCUGGUUCAUUUCAAGUCAGAUCCCAUGUUGACAAAGGCAAGUCAAUCUUUUCUAAAGCACCACAAGGUCAAACAACCUACGAUGACAGGUGUGGGUUUCAUGAUGGGCUCGCACAUGUGGCAAGUCCAUCUGAUCGAUUCUGUCAGUCAUCUGUUGGAUGAGAGUGGUAAAGGGUUUUCCUAUGUGGAUUUAGCCAUGCAUUCUUGGCUCAAGACUGUGUUUAGAAAACCAGAUUGGAUGUGGCAGAAUGCGUAUGUGAGUAUGGUUGAUAUGCUCUGUAAACUAGCGUUUGUCUUGAACCGUCAUCCAUUGAUACACCAUAUGUUGCUUGAGGAACAUAAGCGUAUGGAGACUCUUAAGUUGCAGAACAACACAUCGGGUUCCCCACGGCUGACAAGGUUCAUCAAGAAUAUGAUGCUUGUCACUGACAGCCCGUUUGUUAGUCUGUUGAUUGGUGAAUGGUCUAUGCUUAACUUGAAAGCAAAUACAUUUAACAAGGCACCAGGUGUUGAACCUUGUAUGCAUUGGUUUGCUUUUCAAGUGCUUAUUGUGGAGACAAUGACAGAAAGUGUAUUUCGUGAUGAAAUAACGCAAGUUUUGAUACCUUCUUCUGAAGACAAAAAGACAGUACCUGAUAUCUUAACUCUAUACAAACAAACACUAUCGAAUGCAAAGAAACCCAUAGAAUAUUUCAGUAUCUAUCGAUGGCUACAGCAUAUUUUAGUGGUCCCUAUGGAUCACCCACUUUUGCCACUGUAUUUCCAAAUGUUCUUUAGUCUGUAUUACCAACCACUGAAUCCCAAGUUCACCUUGGGCGCUUUGUUUUUCAACAAAAAGCAAGAUCUUUUGAUCAAACUAAGGGAUUAUGUGGCCAAUGUGCAGACGUAUUAUGGGCAAAAGAUCAUGGCAGAUGCAGGCCCUCACAUAGGUGCAUUGCAACAGUUUUACUAUGCCCUAUGGCUUUGGCUUGGUAACCAAGAUAUUUUAAAUGGCCAAGUAAAUAUCAAGGAACUACCUUCUCAUUAUGAUACCCAGCGAUUAUCGCUCUGCUAUAACAAAGUCGAAAUAGAACAGCCAUGGCACUAUGCCAAUGAACACUAUUGGAUGGAUCUGGUAGACACAGAUCAACUUGAACAAGAGUUUUUGAAUUUCCCUUGGGAAGGAGCAGACAAGUUUCGUACGGUUGAAUCUGUAGGCAGUGAUAGCAGUAUGCAUCCUAGUCUAUUGGAUGAUCGCCUUUCACUCUCAACCACAGCUCGUCGUCUUCGUCUUAUUACAGAUGAAUCCACGAUUGAGCCCUUACCUUCUGUGAUUAUUCAUCAACCUACAAGUAGUACUGGUUCGAUUCGAAAAAAGAUUUAAAUAUAUAUU